AUGCCCGCGUUACCAGUUACCGGACUAACAGUCAGAGGUGCAACCGCAGCAGCCCCGACAAAAGUCAAACAGCAAAUUUAUACGGAAUUCACGGUGCAAGGAAUCACACUCGCGGAUGUAUUCCUGGUAAUCCCUAAACUUACAAGUCCAUGCAUCAUUGGGAUCGGACUGCUUACCCAACUGCAAGCAACGAUCGACUUAAGCCAGGAUAUCAUCACAGUCCACAAGGAGCAAGACGCGAUUCCGAUGAAAUUAAAACGGGAGCAUCCCGCAUCAGAGGGAAUCACAACUUCAAAACUCGGGAACGAGGAAUGGGAUGCAUCGGAAAAAGAGAUAAUAGACAAAAUCGACGAAAUAGAAUGGCCGAACGACGAUGAACGAGGAACCUUAAGGCGACACAUUCUCGAGUACAAGGACAUCUUCAGCAAACGACCGGGUAAAUUAACCACUUACCAACACCGACUGGAGGUAAUGCCACACACUCCGUACGCCAGGAAACCUUACCCAAUACCGAUAGCUCAUCGGGAAAAGGUUACGGAAGAAAUAAAUAAAAUGUUGGAGCUCGGCAUAAUUCAACGUUCCAACAGCCCAUAUGUAAACCCUCUCGUCGUGGUCCACAAAAAGGACGGCAGCCUGCGACUCUGCUUGGACGCGAGGAGACUCAACUCGAUCCUCAUAGCGGGCUCAGAGUGCAUGCAGACUAUGGAAGUCCUGUUUCAAGAAUGCACUAACGCAAACGUGAUGUCUACCUUAGAUCUUACAUCAAGUUUCUGGCAAGUCCCACUGCACCCAGAUUCGCGCAAAUACACGGCGUUCCUACACCAAGGGCGAUGUUAUGAAUUCAUCGUUACACCAUUCGGACUCAAGACCAGUACUGCAGCUCUAGUCAGAGGCCUGGAACCAGUCCUGAGAAACGUGUCAGCAGGAAUCUUAAACUUUGUAGAUGACAUCCUCUGCACGGCGCGAACCUUCGAACAACACAUCGAGCAGCUAAGGCGCUUUCUGGGACACGUCAUCACGCCUAAAGGCAUCCACCCGGAUCCGACAAAGCUGCAAGCCAUCCAGGAGGCACCGUCACCGAAGAAUGUGCAGCAACUCCGGGGAUUCCUAGGCCUAAUAAAUUUUUAUACUAAAUUUAACCCAACACACGCCAAAGUAAUCACACCACUGCUCCAACUAGUCAAGAAAGGUCAGAGGUGGAAAUGGGACGAAGACAAGCAACUAGCCUUCGAAAAGGCCAAAGACAGCUUCUGCAAAGAAGUAACGCUGCAGUUCCCGAAGAAGGAUCGCCCAUUUUACCUCCAAACGGACGCUAGCGACUACGCCCUAGGAGCGGUAUUAUACCAGUUAAAUGAUGAGGGUCAGCAAGAACCGAUUCAUUUCGCGAGUCGAACCUUAAAAGGGCCGGAAUUGGCCUAUUUCACCACCGAAAAAGAGCUGCUUGGAAUCGUGUGGGCGCUAAAAAAGUUCCGGUCAUAUUUAUUCGGAAGCAAAGUAAUCAUCGUCACCGACCACCAAGCACUGACGUUCCUCAGGAGUUGCCAGCUUCUCAAUGCAAGGUUAACGCGAUGGACCUUAGCAAUUCAAGAUUACGAUCUUGAAAUACAAUAUUGCAAAGGAUCGGACAACGUCGUCGCGGACUACCUCAGCAGAGCAAGCACGAAGACCGCUGCGAAGGACGGUAUCGACCUCCGAGGACCGAAAUUAAAUCGACUCGCCAAGGAACCCAAUAAAGAACUAGAAGGUCUAUGCAAAAACUUGGCCACCAAGCAGGAUGAGGACGACGAGGUGAAGGCCUUAAAAGAGCGCGUAAGGACAACGGGAGAUACUCACUACCGACUCGAAGGCAACAAAUUACUAAUACAAAAAGGAGGUUGGUACAAAUACAUGGUACCAAGUUUGUACGUGGAUCUCCUAAUCAACGAGUGCCACGAAAUAUACGGACAUUGCGGGGCGAAGAAAUGUUACCUAAUACUAAGGGAAACCUUUUACUUCCCUCGCUGCUAUAAACGAAUAAGAAAGAGAUUAAGCGCUUGCGACAGCUGCCAGCGUAACAAAAUAUACACCGUGGGAUCAUUCGCCGAGAUGCAAAACAUCAUUCCGAGGAAGCCACGAGAGUUAGCAUCGGUAGACUUCUAUGGACCAUUACCCACGGGAAAAGGCGGCGUUAAAUACAUCCCAGCAAUAAUUGAUGUAUUCUCAAAAGUGACCGCUCUAUAUGCCCUCAAGCGAGCCACCGCGGAAGCCACGCUGAAGUGUCUACGCGACCGCUACAUACCAAGAUUCGGAACGCCGAAAAAACUCCUGUCAGAUCAAGGGACGCAGUUCACGUCCGACAAAUGGCGGGAAGGGCUGCAGCAAGAAGGCAUCCAACAUAUCUUGACAUCGAUACGCCACCCACAGGCGAAUCCGGUGGAAAGAACCAAUCGGGAAUUAGCGCGAUACUUCCGAACAUUUCUGAACAAUCAACACAGUCGCUGGGCGGACUGGCUUGAUGUCCUGGAGGACGGCAUCAACCAUGCCUACCAUGAAGCAACGGGAUGCAUACCGAUGCAGUUACAUGAUGACAUUCGUCCACCUCGACCGUGGGAGAGAUGGUUAGAAUCCUAUCCAAGAAAUAUAGCGCACCCCGAAAGACUAGUUUUCGCCUACAAGAACAUAACGCGGGAAGGGCGUAGAAGAGCCCAACGCUUCAACAAACAACACAAAAUCACCGAAUACAAUGUCGGGGACUUAGUGCUAGUGCGCGCAUUAAACGUCUCAAAACCUGAGAAGAAUAUUUCAGCGAAGUUCCUACCAUUAUAUGAACGCCCAUAUGAAGUGGCACGGAUAACCGCCGAAGGAAUCACAAUGCAGAAACAUUCCAGCCCGGACCUAUUAAGAGCCAGAGCCCAGAUCGAGGCCCUAGAGCCCUUAGAACUGAUACGGCACCCCGAUCUGGCGGGCCUAAACGCCAGCGGGAAAAUGCCCGACCUGAGGGACCGGUAUUGGAGAUACAAGCUGCGAGCUCGCUACGCUCAGCCGGGGGUGCUGUGGAACCCUGCGGAGGACGAGCGGCGAGGCUCGGGGCCAGUGACCAGCAUCACCGCCUGGCAGAAGAAGUCCGCCGGAGAAGGAGAACAGUUCGGAGUGCGGGAUCUGCAGAAGAGGCUGAAAGCGGAAGCCAUUAAGCGGACCCAAGCCCCGAACGAAACUAUAGCGACAUAUUUAUUGAAGCUGCGGCUGUUAUACAGCCACCCAGAUCCACCAAUGAGUGAAGAGGAGCAAUUGGACUGGACCUACGAGAACUUACACUCCUCAUAUAGGGAACGCAUCUCCAGAAGGACGGUCCACACUUUCAGAGACCUAAAAGAAUUGGGACAGGAAGUUGAGAUGGACCGACUACAUCGGCAGACUUAUGCUCCUCCACCUUCGGCAGCCCGCUCCGCGGUAAGGGCCGCGGUCUAUGCGGACGGGGAUAUGGAUGCACGCCAGGCGGUACAAGCAGUGGAAGCGUAG